AUGGCCCAGGCCGUCAAGACGGGCGCGUGGAGCCCUGACGAGGACGACCUCCUCUACAAGUACCAGCAGAAGCAUGGGAACAAGUGGUCGGUGGUCGCGCUGUACAUCCCCGGCCGCACGGGCCAGCAGUGCGCCCAGCGCUGGAGGCACAAGGUCAACCCGAACAUCAAGAAGGACAAGUGGACCCCCGAGGAGGACAGCCAACUCGUGGAGCUCGUCACGAAGUUCGGCAACCGCUGGGCGGAGAUCGCCAGGCACAUGGACGGCCGCACGGACCAGCAGUGCAUGGGCCGCUGGACACGACAUCUCGACCCGUCCAUUUCCAGAGACGCCUGGGCACCCGAAGAAGACGAGAAGCUCCUGGCCCUGCACGCCAGCUGGGGGACGGCGUGGAGCCGCAUAUCCAAGCAGUUGGACGGCAGGACGGCCCAGCAGUGCCGGGCGCGGUUCUUCCAGCUCAAGUCCACCGAUGACGCGCGGGACCGCAAGAGGACGUCGGAUCUGAGCGCCGAGGAGCGCCACCUCAUCAAGGCGCGCCAGGAGAAGAACCGCAAGUCCGGCGCCUCCACGGACGCCCAGGCCGACGACGUGGCCGCCCAGCGGCCCCGCAAGCGGCAGCGUGCAAGCAAUGCCAACGAGCGGUCGAGCCUCGACCCCGUCGUCCUCGCCGCCGACGGCAAGAUGGUGUCGCCGGAGGUGGCGCAGGUCGGGAGCGGCGUCGUGCUGACGCCGGGGACGCUUCAGACGAAGUUCGCGGACUCCCCCCCGGGGGACAACGUGGCGACGCUCCCCGGGUCGCGCCGCGGCAAGGGGCAGCGGCGGCGCGUGCCGUCGGGCGGCGCGGACGACACCCCGCUGCUCCCGCUCUCGCAGCGCGGCGGCGACGGCAAGCCCGCGCGGCGCCCCUCGGCGGCGCGGCGCCCCUCGGACGCAAAGACCCCCCCCGCCAACGGCGCGAUGGCGCCGCCGCCGCGCGGGCACACCGCGGCGAAGACCGCCGUGCCGCGCACCGCGGCCAAGCGCGAGACCCCCGCGCCCCCGCCCAGCGCCGGCAAGCGCCUCGGCCGCACCCCGCGCAACGGCGCACUCCCAAGCCCCGGCCUCUUCUCGCCCGGCACGCGCGCGGCGCUCGACACCGCGGCCGGCGACCCGCACCCGCUCUCGAUGGGCGUCGGCGUGAUGGACGUCCCGGGCCUCACGCCCAUCUGCGGCAGCCUGCGCUCGCCGGGGAACCUUGACGCCACUCCCGACGUGACGGACUGGCGGCGGGACUCGCUCGGGGGCGCGGCCGGACAGGCGCGCGCGCGCGACGCCGCGCUGUUCGACCCGAUCGCGGCGGAGCGGCAGCUCCUGGGCCUGCGCACGUCGACGCGGAAGGCAGCGCGGGUGUCGCGGGUGGCGCUCGGGUCGGGGCAGGUGCACCGGCAGCCGUCGUUCGCGUCGCCGGUGCGCAGCGAGGCGCCCGGGAGCGCCGCGGCGCUGAUGCCGGAGGGCGCCGGGGGCCGGGGGGAGUCGUUCGAGGGGGACAUGGUCAAGGGGCUGGGGGGGGGGUUCAACGUGGCGAGCGUGACGUCGCCGCCGCUCCCCGCGCACCUCAGCGCGCGCCUAGGCGGCGCGUUCGGGUCGCCCGGCCCGCUGCUGGGCGAGCUCGAGCACAGCAUGGGCAACGGGAACUCCCCCGGGGUGGUGUUGGCGGGGCAGGGGGGCAGCCACGCCAACGGGGGCACGCCGGGGCGCUCGGCGCGCGCGGGGCCGAGCUCCGGCGGCGCGCCGCUGCACACGCCGAUCAAGCGCCGCACGCCCCGGAAGCCGCUGCUGCCGCUGCAGAGCCCGCAGGGGCGGUGA